GGGGGGGGGUCAAUGAGAAAACAAGUAACAGGGAGGUUAAGCAGCUUGCCCAAGGUGACACAGCUGGAGAUGGGAAGAGUCAGGAAUGAAGCCAUUAAUUAACCCUAACCAUCACGCGAAACUUCCUUUCCACAAGUGUGAAAAAGCAGCUGCCGUGAAGAGGAGUAAAUCCUGUGCAGCUGACGUCCCCAGUGACCUGCGAGAAGAAGUGGAACGCCACUACAGGCUUCCUCUGCCUGAAGACUUCUAUCACUUCUGGAGGUUCUGUGAAGGUCUGGAUCCUGAGAAGCCCGCUGAUUCACUGUCUGCCAGCCUUGGACUUCGGUUAGUGGGCCCUUACGAUAUCCUGGCGGGAAAACAUAAAGUGAGGAAGCCGGCACGCCUGAACUGCAACCUCCACUGGAGGUUCUACUACGACCCUCCCGAGCUGCAGACCAUCAUUGUUGGGGAUGGUAACACCCAGUUCCACAUGGGCUAUUUCAGGGAUUCUCCUGAUGAACUUCCUGUAUUUGUUGGUACAAAUGAAGCAAAGAAAAACUGUACAAUUGUUCAAAAUGGAGAUAACGUGUUUGCUGCAGUCAAAUUAUUUUUGAUGAAAAAACUUAAAGAAGUAACAGAUAAAAAGAAGACUAGUCUCCUGAAAAACAUAGACGAGAAGCUCACAGAAGCAGCCCGAGAACUGGGGUUCUCCCUGGAACAGAGGAGCAUGAAGAUGCGACAGAGAGAUAAGAAGGUCGUGACAAAGAGCUUUCACGGGGCAGGCCUGGUUGUCCCAGUGGACAAGAAUGACGUUGGGUACCGAGAGCUCCCCGAGACGGAUGCCAGCCUCAGGAGGAUCUGCAGGACCAUCGCCGAGGCGCCCAGUGACGACGAGAGACUCAGGGCGUUUGCACCCGUUCAGGAAAUGGUGACGUUCGUGCAGUUUGCUAACGAUGAAUGCGACUACGGGAUGGGGCUGGAGCUGGGGACCGACCUCUUCUGUCAUGGUUCCCACUAUUUUCAUAAAGUUGCUGGCCAGCUUUUACCUCUUGCAUAUAAUCUGUUGAAGAGGAAUCUCUUUGCAGAAAUUAUCGAAGACCACCUGGCACACAGAAGUAAAGAGGACGUGGACCAGCUCGCAGCGUGAGCGCAGUGGCCUUUCUUGGGUGUACAGUAUUUUGAAGCGUUAGUAUUAGAUGUGACUUUUGUUUUUAAGGAAUACAGAAAAUAAAUCAAUGGAAACACUUUUAUAAA